AUGGAAGCUCGAAAGAAGGAACUGCACGCACUGCUCACAAUAGCCGCUCAACUGGCCGAAGAGCUCCACGAUGAACUUGCAAUCGAUGCAACAUAUCGAGCGAAUCUGGUGGGGAAAUCGAAGAUUCUCACGCGCACGUUGCAAACACCAGUGGACCAGGUCGCAGAUCUCGACUUCACCACCUUUCAUCUUCCGGCAACAGUUACUGCGAUCCGGGCGGGCUGGCUGAGAGCCUUACAUGAUGCAGGUACAGCUGGUGCUCAUGUGAACCAGGUAGCUUCGAAGUGUGGAGCAGACGCAUCGCUCGUAAGACGUGUUCUCCGCUUCCUAGCAUCGAUUGGAGUCGUGAAAGAGACUGGACAGGACACUUUCACUUCGAAUGCUCUGUGUAGCCUCAUCUGCCAGAGUGCUGGACUUUCGGGAUGUUUGACGUACUCCUACGACGUCUACGCACUCACAAGCGCAAGGAUGGCGGAUUACUUCGCAGGCAAUGGGUAUCGCGAGCCUGACAAUGAGGAGGCAGGGCUGUGUGCUUAUGCGCUUGGCGUUCCGUUCUGGCAGUUCUUGAACAAACGUCCCGACACCGCUAAGACCUUCAAUGUGUUCAUGGAAACCGCCAGAUUCGCUAAAAAGUCCUGGCUGGAGGUGUACCCGGUCCACGAGCUGAGCCAACCGGAUGACCAGAGUAUCAUGCUCAUUGAUGUUGGUGGCGGCAGAGGGCAUGACUUGGUCGAGCUUGCGAUGCGGCAGCAACAAAUUGGUCUUAAAGGUCGAUUGGUCCUGCAAGAACGUCCAGAAGUCAUCGUACAGGUCCCCGCUGAAUGGGAGAAUGAUUUUGAAGCACACGAGCACGACUUCUUCCAAGCACAGCCAGAACAGUUCCAUCGCGCUGCAGCGUACUACAUGCGAUACGUCCUGCACGACUGGCCGGACCAGCAAUGCAUCAUAAUUCUGGCACACCUGCGCGAUGCAAUGGAGGUUGGACGUUGCCGUUUAUUGAUCAAUGAGUUUGUUUUGCCAGAUGUCGGGUGUGCCAAUCAUGCGGCUUCUUUCGAUAUGGUAAUGCUGCACGGCUUCUCCGGCAAGGAACGGACGAGGUCGGAAUGGCACGAGUUUGUGGAAGUUGUCCCGGGACUCAAGAUCGAACGCAUCUUCCAGUUGGAGCAAAGUGGAGAAAGCUUGAUCGAGGUGCGCCGGAUACGCUGA